AUGUCAGACAAAUUUAUUCCAUAUCAUUUACGUGAUAUUAACGAUCCUCCAGGUCAUCUUGAUGAUCAACAAAAAGCGAAUUGGAUAAGUGCUGCAAAAAAAGCAUUUGAUAUACCAACAUCACUUUAUGAAAUUAUAUAUGCAAACAAAUAUACAACAACUGAAACAAUGCAAAAAUUAAUUGAUCAUGUACGAAAUUGUAAUGAAUUUACAUUUGAUAGUGAAGGUGAAAAAUCAACCAAACAAUUAGCAUUAAUUCAAAUUCAAACAAUACCUCAACAAUUACCAUUUUUUGUUAUAUUAGUAGAAUGUGCACAUUUACCACCCAUUAAUUCAUUAAUUCAUUUACGAAUUAAACAAUUAUUUGAAUUAAUUUUUAAAUUUAGAGAUAACAUAUAUUCUUGGAAACCAUUACAUAAGGAAAUUUAUCCAGCUAUUGUUUAUCAAUGGUUUGAAUGGCACAUUAAAACAUCAGUGGUCAAUCUUCAACUUAAAUUCGCUGAUUGGUAUAGUUGGGCACUAUCUCAUGACAAGAUGUGUACCCUGUCAAAUCAUCGUAAUAUUAUUAUUAAUGAUAUUAAUUCUGAUGAACAAAUGAAUUUAUUAUCAAAAUGUACUUGUCAUAAAUCAAGUCUUUAUCGUCCUAAUGAACCAUGGGUAUUACAACAAGCUUUACUUUAUACAUAUGGAAUGUUUAUUGACAAGUCAAUUACUGUUAAUCAUUGGACAACUGAAUUAGAUCCGAUGUACUCAACUUUAUCAACAUCAAAAAGAAAUAAAAUGAUACAUUACGCAAUAUAUGAUUGUUUUGCAACAACAUGUUUAAUUCGAUCUGCAUUACCAUCAUCAUCAUCACGAGCAAAUAACAACUCAGCAAAUACAAAUAUUAAUCAACGAAUAAUUAAAAAUAUUAAUGAUGAUAUUGAAUUAAUCUCCGAUGAUGAUAAAAUAACAGUUAAUCAAUGUAUUAAAAUUACUAUUAAUAAUGAUAUGUUAUAUGAAGAAAUUUCAAAUGAUGAUAAUGAAUUAAAUAAAGCAUUAUCACUAAAUCAUAAUGAAUCAUUAUAUGAAGUAAUAUCAGAUGAUGAUAAUGAACCAAAUCCUGCAUUACCACCAAAUGAUAAUGAUUUACGUGUCAUCAACCAUGAUAUGGUUGAUGAUGUCAGUGAUUAUGAACAACAACAACAACAAUCUUUAACCAAGAAACGUCAAUUACAUAGUCGAACACGAUCAGCUGAAGCUCGAAAACGAUGA